CCUACCCACCCUCCCUCCUCCCCGCUCCACCAUUGUAGGAGAACCCCCACCCCACCCACCUCGCCCCACUCCGCCGCGCCCCCUCCCCGCUGCCUCCGUGGAGCGUCAUCUCCGCGUGCAGGGUUAGAGGCUUCUGGUGGUGGUGGGGGCAGUGCGGGGGGCGUUGGAUGGGGAUCCCGGAGGUGGUGGUGCCGCCGAGGGCGGCCGGCCCGCGGAGGUACAAGGGGCUCGUGCCGUGGCGCUUCCAGCCGGGCUUCGUCAGGCCGCCUCCGGUCAAGCCCCCUGCCGCCGCCGCCGCCGUUGCCGGAGGAGGGGUCGCGGGCACGCCCGGCGGCAAGGGUCGCGGGUUGGGGGCGUCGGGGGAAGGCGUCGGGUCCAGUGGAGGCCGGGGAGAUCCUCAAUCGAGGAGAUGCACCCGCAGCGCGAGCGCGAAGGGCUCUGGUGAUGCGCGGAGCGUGGAGGAGGGCGGUCCCCGUGUUGCCGGAGACGACGGCGGUUCGGGCAAAUCCGGCGUCGCGGCGGAGGGCUCCGGAUUUGAGGGUUUGAGGAAUGGCAGGGGCGGUGGCGUUGGAACGGCAGCUGCCGAAGAUUGUGGUUUGGAGAAGUCCAACCCCGAUGGCAUCGUCGGAGAUGCUGAUGUGCAUCUUGAGAGCGGCAGCGAUGCAAGAGAUGGGGAAUGCGUUUCUGAGGGUUUGAAGAAGCCUUGUGUAAAUAAUAGCAAUGGUUCUUCUGCCGCGGAUUGCGCGCCGAAGGUGAAAAAGGGAAAUGACAGUGGCAAUGGAGGUGCCGAUGAGUGUAAUGCUGCAGCCAAAAGUAGCAACUUAGCAUGUCCUGGCAACAAUGGCGACGAAACGAAUCGUAAGGGGCGGAAGGUAGUACUUCCAUGGAGGUUCCAGGUUGGGUUCAAGCGGUCGUUCUCGAAAGCUUUCUGCUCCGAUAGUGAAUCUUCAGGGCCCUCUGGUACUCAAUUCUACAGAGCCCAAGACUCUUCGACACCGUGCACUCCAGCAACAAGAAGUUCUGUCCGGUGUUAUGCGAGUGCUCAUUCUGGUGUUAGAGUCUCGGCCAUGCGUGAUUUCUCAGUGAAAGGUGAGAAGGAAACAUCAACUCCAUAUAAGAAGAGCAAAACUGGCAUGGAUGGUCCUAGUCAAGGGAUGCCAAAGAAUGGAGUUGUCCUCGCUAGGGAAAACAUUAUGGGAUCUCUGCAGAAUUUUCGCUUAAUUUACAGGGACCUUUUGGAUGAAGAAGAAGAGAAGUCGACAGAAGCAGUGAUUAGACCUGAUCUACAAGCUUACAGAAUUUUCAGGGAGCGGUUCAUCACAGACUGCGAUGAGAAGAAAUAUAUUGGCAAUGUGCCUGGAAUCAAAGUUGGUGAUAUCUUCCACUUGAGGGUAGAGCUUUGUGUUGUUGGUCUUCAUCGCCCACACCGGGUGGGUGUAGAUCAUAUCAAACAGGAGGAUGGGACUUGCAUAGCUGUUAGCAUUGUAUCAUAUGCACAAUCUUCCGAUAUUAAGAAUAAUUUGGAUGUCUUGGUGUAUUCUGGAGCAAUGACAGCUAUAGCCAAUCAGAAGAUAGAGGGUACCAACUUAGCACUCAAGAAGAGUAUGGACACUAACACACCAGUCCGUGUUAUCCAUGGUUUCGUCACUCACCUCAAUGGAAACUGCCAGCGAAAGAAGAUCCCUACUUAUAUAUAUGGGGGUUUAUAUAUAGUCGAGAAAUACUGGAGGGAGAAAGAGGGUAAUGAUCGUUAUGUUUAUAUGUUCCGACUGAGAAGAAUGGCAGGUCAGAAACACAUUGACAUCCAAGACAUUCUGAAUUCAGGACAAGCUGAAUCAUAUGGUGGUAUUAUCAUAAAAGAUAUAUCCCGAGGAUUGGAGAAGAUCCCUGUAUCUGUUGUUAAUUCAAUAUCUGAUGAGUACCCAAUGCCCUAUCGCUACAUUGCACACCUGCAGUACCCCCGUAACUACCAGCCAGCACCUCCAGCAGGCUGUGGUUGUGUUGGUGGAUGCUCAGAUUCUAAAAGGUGUGCAUGUGCAGUGAAAAAUGGUGGGGAGAUUCCUUUCAAUGAUAAAGGCCGCAUCUUAGAAGCAAAACCUCUUGUUUAUGAGUGUGGACCUUCAUGCAAGUGCCCUCCUACAUGUCAUAACAGAGUUGGUCAACAUGGCCUUAGGUUUCGUUUGCAAGUCUUCAAAACCAAAUUGAUGGGCUGGGGAGUAAGAACUCUUGACUUCAUACCAUCUGGAAGCUUUGUAUGUGAAUACAUUGGAGAAGUGUUGGAGGAUGAAGAGGCACAGAAAAGGUCGACCGAUGAAUACUUAUUCGCUAUUGGUCAUAAUUAUUAUGAUGAAGCCCUUUGGGAGGGCCUAUCAAGAUCCAUACCCUCACUUCAGAAGGGUCCUGAUAAAGAUGAGGAAGCUGGCUUUGCUGUUGAUGCUUCAAAGAUGGGCAACUUUGCAAAAUUCAUCAACCAUAGUUGCACCCCUAACCUUUAUGCACAAAAUGUCCUAUAUGAUCAUGACGACAAGAGUGUACCUCACAUUAUGUUCUUUGCCUGUGAGGACAUUCCACCCCGCCAAGAACUUUCAUACCACUACAACUAUACAAUAGAUCAGGUUCAUGAUGCCAAUGGUAACAUCAAGAAGAAAAAAUGUCUCUGUGGCUCUAUAGAGUGUGAUGGUUGGUUGUAUUAGGCUUGAGAGUGUACUAUUUCCAGAGGCAUAAUUGAACUUCUUUCAUUGGGCAUGAAAUCUUCUUCUAGCUUAUACUGUGAUUACAAAUGAAAUCGAAAUAAUUAUUAGGUUAAUGUUUU